AUGACUGAAAGAAAAGCUGUUAUAAAGAAUGCUGACAUGUCGGAAGAUAUGCAACAAGAUGCUGUUGAAUCUUCUACUCAGGCUUUGGAAAAGUACAAUAUUGAAAAAGACAUCGCCGCAUUCAUCAAAAAAGAUUUUGAUAAGAAAUAUAACCCAACAUGGCAUUGUAUCGUUGGCCGAAAUUUUGGAAAAAAGGAAAGGAUGAAAAAAUUGGUUGUCUUGGUAACGGGAGGGAGUGGAUUCCUUGGUCAACAUGUUGUAAAACACUUGCAGAUGUAUGCGGAAAAUGUUCGGGAAAUUCGGGUAUUGGAUAUGGUGUCGUACGAACAAAAAUUAGACUUCAAGGCAUGCAAACCCUUGCGUAUCUUUUCUGGAAGUAUAACAGAUAACAAGUUAGUCGGAGAGGCAUGUCGUGGGACCGAUAUCGUUCUACAUAUUGCUUCCAAAAUAGAUUAUUCCAAUUUCCCCAACAAAAAAGUAUUACAAGAGGUGAACAUAAAAGGAACAGAAACUGUGUUGAAUACUUGUCGGAGAGAAAAUGUUCCAUAUUUGAUUUACUGUGGAUCAGCUUCAAUAUACUUUGGUGGCGACGAAGCAAGAGCAGCAACAGAGACUACCAUAAAAACUCCAUCUAAAUUAUGUUUUGGAGAAUAUGCGAAAACUAAAACAGAAGCACAGAAUAUGGUUCUAUCGGCAAAUAAUUCGUAUCUACACAAUGGAAAACAGUUGAAGACACUUGCCCUUCUUCCAUUUGGAAUGUAUGGAGAAUUGGAUUAUGGUAAUAUCCCGGCAGCAGUCCGACCGUUCAAAGGCAGAACAUUUCCACUGGUCGGACAAAUGAAAGCUAAAAUACAAUACAGUUAUGUUGGGAACGUGGCAAUGAUGUUUGUAAAAGCAGUGGAGAAAUUACCAAAGAAUCCACAACUAGGCGGUCAAUACUUUUUCUCCGUAGAUGAUACACCGCCCGAUACUGUUCCGGGCGUUUUUAAGCCGUUCCUGAAUCAUUUUAACAGUAAGCCUUCAUCAUGGUACAUUCCGUAUUGGCUUGCUAUUAUUAUGGUUUUCUUAAUAACCUGUUUCACAUUUUUGUUGAAAUACUUUACAAAUGGUCAUUUACCACUCUCCCAUUUCACAUUCGGAAGCAUAGCAUAUUUGAAUACCACAUUUUAUGUAACCAGCGAUAAAGCCAGAAGGUUACUUGGAUAUACACCUGUUUACGAUUAUAAUAAUGCAAUUGCACAGUCAAACAAGUUCUAUGACACAAUCAUCUGA